UUCAUUGACUACUGAAAAGCGAUACUGAAAAGUGAAAAUGUACACAUGCUAAAGAUUCUUCCUUCUAUAGCUUAUCUUUUUAUAUGAAAUUGAUUUGCCUAUACCCGUGCAGAAAUUUUGAUCUGGCCCCGGGCGGAGCCAGACCGGGCUGGGUCGAGCUCAUAUCGGGAUUCCUGGUCGGGGCCAGACCGCGGAUGAACACACGCCCAGGGGUUUCAGCCCAAAAAAUCGGCUCAAGAAGAAUUUGUAGUGUAGUAGGUUGCUCAAAUACGGAGGUAAAAAAUCCGGAACUGCAAUUUUAUUCUUUCCCGGGACACUGGUGGCAAAAAGAGAAAAAACAAUUGUGGAUAGCUGAUGUUCGCAGGAAGCAAUAAUUGUAUUUCAAGUCCAACAGUGUAUGAAUAUCGUAAUUUGGAGAACAGCAACUAAAUAAAUAUUUUAUAGGAUACACCAAUAUAAUAAUAUUAUCCUAUAAUAAUGUAAUAAUACAUUCUAUAAGGGAAUCCAAGUUAUAAUUUCCUAUUUCGAAAUCUAGGACGACCUGGUACGCAUGGCACAAUAAAAGACAAUCAGUCUCUAAAGCUCGAGUACUUAUUCUUUUCUAGAGGAACAGGCACGAAAUUCAAUCCGAUUGUGUUAUUUGCUUUCUAAUUAAAACUGGAAUAACUUUUGAAAAUACCAAAACAUAGGUUUGAGAUCCUGCUCUGAUUUUUGAAAAAUUUAUCAAAAAUAUUACUCGUACCUGCAGACAGAAUUUAUCUUUAGAAUUGUAGAAUACAUGUACCGUGAUUUCAGAUUCAGUAGCAGAUAUCCUUGAACUUCCGAUUCUUUUGUGUUUCGCAUGUUUUUAAAAUUUUGUAACAUCUUUGACAGUGGUAGUAUACUGCUUUUUUUAGAGAAAAAAGCCAACACCUGAUUUCAAAAUAAUAGUAUAUUUAUUAAGUAUUUGAGAAGACUGACUUUUAAAUAUGGAUAAUAAAGCAGAUGAAACAGCUGUUGGAUUUUCCGUUAAUGAAUUUGUCCUCUCAGCGAUUGGACAGUGGCCUUAUCAAAGUAAAUGGAAAAGAAGUAUUUUACGUACCUUUGGCAAUGGUAUUAUGAUUAUAGCCAACUUGUCAUCAAAAAUAAUCAUUUCACAUUCUACCAAAAUGUUGAUACUGCAGUUUGCAGCUUUAUAUGAUGUCAGAAAUGAUUUUGAUGCUGUAAUUGAACGUAUUCCCAUGUGCAUGACUGGCGUAUUCUACUUUAUUAAUUUUUGUACUCUUGUAACUAAAACAACGAAUAUGGGAGCUCUAUUGGAUAAAGUUAAAGAAAAUUUCAAAGUGAUUAAAAAGAGUUCUGUGGAGGAAGAACAAAUUUUGAUCAAAGCUGCUGAGGAAGGAAGAUCUGUUGUUUUUUUCUAUUCUUUUUUACUUGGUAUAUCAACAUUGUUCUAUUGUCUGGUAGCAUUAGUACCGAUUGGCUUGGACCUUAUUAUACCACUGAAUGAAACACGAAAAAGGAAUUUUGUAUAUGAUGCGAAUUACCUUAUUAUUGAUAAGCAUGAACAUUAUUUCUUAGUUUUCAUCCACUCAACUGUUGCAGGAGUUUACUGUUUUGCCAAUGUAAUUGCAUUCGAUACAAUGCUAUACAGUUUUAUAAAACAUAUUUACGGACUCUUUGAGGUUUUAAAACAUCGAUUGAAGAAUAUUUUAAAAAUCAAUGAGAUAAAUCAAACAUAUACUGAAAAGGACCUUAUAAAAAUGGAAAGAAAAACGAUAUCCUGCUUGCAGUUAUACGCUGAAAUCAUUGAGUUCGUAAAUGAAGUCGAAUCAUGUUUUGCGACGUGUUUAACUUUCACAAUGGGAGUUUCAGCGAUGAUCUUAUGUUUUCAAGGAGUGAUGAUAGUGGAAAGAAUUGAUGAACCUGACUUCGUCAUGAGGUUCGCAACGAAUUUUUUAGGUCAAGCUAUUCAUCUUUUUUAUAAUUGUUAUAGUGGACAAAUGCUAGUAGACAGAAGUGGACGUUUUCUAAAUUACAUAUACGAGUCGAAUUGGUACCUCAUGCCUAAAAACCAGAAGAAGCUCUUAUGCAUGAUGUUAUUGAGGAGUAUAAAAGUGUGCAAAGUGACUAUUGGAAACUUCUUCAUUCUCAAUAAUGAGACAUUUGCUAACCUGAUGAAAACAGUUUUCUCGUACUUAAGUGUUUUAAUGUCUGCACGCGAUCAAUAAAAAAUUUGGAAAUAUUUCCUUCCGGUAGGCAAGAUGCUUAAUAAUGAAAUAAAACAACUACUUAGAAUAUUUAGAAA